GACCCAAACUGACGAGGCAGCAGGUAUGUCCAUUGUCCUUUUCUCAACAAUAAGUUUUCCACCGUUAAGGAUAUCCAAGGAUUUAUGUGCAGGAUUAUAACAUCACUGACCUUGGAAUGUGUGAGCUAGUUUAAUGAAUGCUGUUUUAGAUGAGCUACUGUAGGAAGUAACACCAUGAAGGAUUUGUCCCUGUCGCCGCUGAGUCGGGGGUGCGGUCGCGUCAUCGCAGCGAGCGCAGGCGAUCAUGGCCGCCUGGACGUCUGCUUCACGCCACAGGACUAUUACAUCUGGAAAUCCUAUGAUGCUCUGCUGCGUAUGACCAACAGCGGAAGCCUGCUCAGGAGCGAAGACUCGACCAUCCCAAAGACAUACAGCACUCGCCGGGGGCCUCUCCUUCUCUACUCUCGAGGCUUAGUUACACUCGGAACUGAAUCUGGAUCACAGGCAUCAGAAAGAAAGAGACGGGUCCCACGUCAACACACGCAGGAAGUAGAUCACCGGCCGGACGCCAUCUUGCGUCAGAAUGCUCAGGUGAGAAGAAGAAGAAGAGAGUCUUCCAUCAUUGAUGAAAUCCAUCACAACCAGCAUCUACCUCCUACUGAAGACUACCACGUCACUAUGGGGCAGGCUAGUGGGACUUGGACUCAGCAGGAGGUCCAAACAGAACCAGCAUGGGUAGGAUUUCAACUCCAAGAAUGUCAGAAGGACUCCCAUCAUCAGCCGCUGCUUCUUCCUCUGUUACUCCCUGUCAAAAAAUAUGAACAGAUAAACUGUAAAAAGAAAGCAACAGAGCGGGACAAAACAAGAACACAAUUCUGCAAAGAGAUGUUACAGCAUGGACAACGGUCUAAGAAAUCAUCAGAAGUUCUGCUGGGCCCGGUGGAUGGUGCAUCAAAACUGAACAUUAUUAUAUAA